AUGGACUCUUCUCCUUUCGGCACGCUUCCAGCUGAACUCCGCAACGACAUCUACGAGCUGGUCCUCCUUUCCGAAGAACCCAUCUUGGUCCACUGCGAGGCAGCAGCCACUCCUGGAGUGCCACGCAAGUACAGAUACCUUCCCGGCAUAAUCGCCACCUGCAAGCAAGUUCGAAACGAGUGCGAACAGAUCUUCUUCAAGCGCAACACUUCUCAAGUCGGCAUCUCUCCACGUCCCGCGAAGAUCGAACUCACGCCCUACCGCGACGAGGCACACGCUCUCUGGGCAUUCCUCAACGGCCUACAGCGCGUCCAUUUCUCGAUGCCCAAACACAUCACAUUCAAGAUCAGCAGAAGCUACUCGCAGCUCAGUUGUUCAAUUAGCCAACACUUCCAAGGCGCCGAAAUUCGACAUCUCCUGUAUGAGAUCGAAAAGUUCACACUCGGUCGACAGAUUGAGAAAGUCGAGUGUGAGAUCGAGUCGACUUGGGGUAUCACAGCGACGCACGAGAGUACAGUGAUAGACAUGAACAACAUGAGUCACUCGGCAAUCACCGGGUUUGGAGCUUUCCUGGACAAGUAUCCCUCAGGGACUCGCGCCUACCAUCCCGAUAGUAUUGUGUGCCACUUUCAUUGGAAGGUGAUGAAGAACUUGAGCGUUGCUUGCGAGGCUCGGGAGGAGAAGCGGUUGGCAAAGCAGGAGUGGGGCAGGCAUAGCUAA